UUGCAAAAUUUUCAGAACAUCCAAAUGGCAAGGUAUUGCUAUGGAAAAUGGGAAUUGCACGGGUUCUUAAUAAGUUGCUAAAGAACUGCAGCAACGCAUCUUACUUGGAAGAUAAAGCGAUCUCUGAAAGAGGAGCCUACAGAAGUGACCAACUUAUGCUCAAAUGGAGGAUUCCCUUAUUCAGAUGUCUCGCAUCUAUCUUCAGUGCCCAGCCAUCUGGCAAAGAGCAGACUGCUAUUGAAGAGUCCUCAGAUAAUGCUAGCGUUGAGGAGUGCUCUUCUAUCAUGCAUCACCUCUUGGUCUUAUGCCAGGCUCUCCCUAUAUUCCUUGACAGGAUUUUCAAUCCUGUUCUUGCAAUUAUAUUGUCAGUGACAUUUGUUCUUGCCUUUGGGGAGGUUGUACCUCAAGCAAUAUGUACCAGGUAUGGGCUGGCAGUGGGUGCUAGCUUUGUUUGGCUCGUACGCAUCGUCAUGUUCAUUGCCUAUCCUAUUGCUUACCCUAUUGGGAAGGUAAAUCAGCAAAGUCACAUUACUCAAUAGAAAAGUGUUAAUUUGUACUGUAUCAUAAUCGUUUGAAGCUUAUCCAGUGGCCUAGAUUUUGAAUUCCAAUGAAUUAGACUAUUAUUAUGAGGCCUGGGCUCACUGCUCUUUGGUGCCAUUGUUGAUGGACAAGGUCAUGAAGUGAUAUUUUGGUUACACUUCUCUAAUUAGGAGAUUUUGGUAA